CAUCGCCUCGUCAACGACCCCCUCUAGCGCCCAGCCUCCCGCACAGAUGCGCACAGUCUCCGCUCGGAGCCGCCGCGUCCUCCAUCGCCUCCUCCCCGCAUCCUCAGCCUCCUCCAUCCUGCACUCCACUGCAGCGGUCCGGACGUGGGUGCAGGCGGGCAGGAGGGCGCGCAGACCGCAGACUCCCCCCCACCGACCCCCGGGAGCAUCGACGCGCCUCCGCCAUGGCAUCCCCGCCGCGUGCGCCCCGUAAUCCUCCGUGCGGAGGUGGUUGCGCGCAUGCAACCCAAACUUUGUAGCAGCUUCCGAUGCGUGUUGUUUGAGACCGACCCGGGCGGAAAAAAAGACGUUUAUCAAGGAUGGAUCUUUUCACGAGCGGCAACCAGGACCUAACAAUAUAACCGGGAGCGGAACGAGCGGAUCGGGGCUUCUUUUUGGACGCCCUCGGUGACCAGCAGAUAUGAGUUUUGGACCAAGAUUUCUUCCUGUUGCACUUUUUAUUGGAAUUGUCCUCACUCGCUGCGGCCACUGCAACCAAGUGGUGCUGCUGGAUACCACGUCCGUGCUCGGCGAGCUGGGAUGGAAGGCCUAUCCUGUCAACGGGUGGGACGCGAUCACCGAGAUGGACGAGCACAACCGGCCCAUCCACACCUUCCAGGUGUGCAGCGUGAUGGAGCCCAACCAGAACAACUGGCUCCGAUCCAACUGGAUUUCCCGGCAGGCGGCCCAAAAAAUCUACGUGGAGCUGCGCUUCACCCUGCGCGACUGCAACUCCAUCCCCUGGGUGUCCGGCACCUGCAAGGAGACCUUCAACCUCUUCUACCACGAGGCGGACGACGCCCACGGCGUGAAGUUCAAGCCGGCCCAGUACACCAAGAUCGACACCAUCGCCGCCGACGAGAGCUUCACCCAGAUGGACCUGGGGGAUCGCAUCCUGAAGCUCAACACGGAGGUGCGCGAGGUGGGACCCAUGACCAAGAACGGCUUCUCGCUGGCGUUCCAGGACAUCGGCGCUUGCAUCGCCUUGGUCUCGGUGAGGGUUUACUACAAGAAAUGCCCCUCCACGCUGAGAAACCUGGCCUCGUUCCCGGACACGGUGCCUCGGGUGGACUCGUCCUCGCUGGUGGAGGUGAGGGGCGCCUGCGUGGACCACGCUGAAGAGCGGGACACGCCCAAGCUCUUCUGCGGAGCUGACGGCGACUGGUUGGUCCCCUUGGGGAGAUGCGUCUGCAGCCUGGGCUACGAGGAGGUGGACGGAUCCUGCAUCGCGUGCCAGCCAGGCUUCUUCAAGGCGUUUGCAGGCAACAUCAGGUGUUCCAAGUGCCCGCCCCACAGUCACAGCUACGGGCAAGGUGCCGCUGUCUGCCGCUGUGAGCUGGGCUUCUUCAGGGCCGCCAAGGACCCGCCCACCAUGGCGUGCACGCGUCCUCCUUCCCCUCCCCGCAACGUACUUUUCGCCCUGAACGACACGUGUCUGACGCUGGAGUGGUCGCCGCCCAGCGACGCCGGGGGCCGCCGGGACCUCACCUACGACGUCCGCUGCCAACGCUGCGGCACAACGCCGGAGCAGUGCCGGCUGUGCGAGGAAGACCUGCGCUUCCUGCCGCGGCCGUCGGGCCUGACCGGCGCCUCGGUCACCGUCACGGACUUCGCGGCGCACGCCAACUACACCUUCGAGAUCGAGUCGCUCAACGGGGUGUCGGGCAUGAGCUUGUUUCCUCGCCAGGUCGCCGUCAUAACCGUCAGCACGGACCACCGUGGUCCGUCCCUGGCGGGCCCUCUGAAGAAGGACUGGGCCUCUCCCAACAGCAUCGCUCUCUCCUGGCAGCAGCCCACAGAAAGCCCGCUGCCCAUCCUGGACUACGAGAUCAAGUACUAUGAGAAGGAACAUGAGCAGCAGAGCUACUCCUCCACCAGCACCAAAGCCCCCAGCGUGAUCAUCACGGGUUUAAAACCGGCCACCUGGUACGUCUUCAGCGUCCGCACCCGCACGCCAGCUGGGUACAGCUCCUUCGCCGCCAGAUACGAAUACCAGACCACGGGAGGUUCGUCGGACCUGGCCUCUGACCAAGGUCAGGUUUUGGUCAUCGUCACGGCAGCCGUGGGCGGUUUUACCCUCCUGGUCAUCCUCACCCUGUUCCUCCUCAUUACUGGAAGGUGUCAGUGGUACAUCAAGGCCAAGAUGACCUCCGAGGAUAAGAGGAGGACCAGUUAUCAGAAUGGACACGUUCCUUUCCCCGGGAUCAAGACCUAUGUGGACCCUGACACCUAUGAGGACCCUGCCCAGGCCGUCCAUGAGUUUACCAAGGAGAUUGACCCGUCUCGGAUCCGGAUCGAGCGGGUUAUUGGAGCCGGUGAGUUUGGGGAAGUGUGCAGCGGGCGGCUGAGAACCCCCGGCAAGAAGGAGAUUGCGGUGGCCAUAAAGACGCUGAAAGGCGGCUACGUGGAGCGUCAGCGGCGGGAUUUCCUGCGCGAGGCGUCCAUCAUGGGCCAGUUCGACCACCCCAACAUCAUCCGGCUGGAAGGCGUGGUCACGAAAAGCAGGCCUGUGAUGAUCGUGGUGGAAUAUAUGGAAAAUGGCUCCCUGGACUCCUUUCUCAGGCAACACGACGGGCACUUCACCGUCAUCCAGUUGGUUGGCAUGCUGCGUGGCAUCGCCUCGGGCAUGAAGUACCUGUCGGACAUGGGCUACGUUCACAGAGACCUGGCCGCCCGCAACAUCCUGGUCAACAGCAACCUGGUGUGUAAAGUCUCAGACUUUGGACUGUCCCGAAUCCUGGAGGACGAUCCUGAGGCUGCUUACACCACAACGGGCGGGAAGAUCCCGAUCCGAUGGACCGCUCCAGAGGCCAUCGCCUACAGAAAGUUCUCCUCCGCCAGUGACGCCUGGAGUUACGGCAUCGUCAUGUGGGAAGUGAUGUCGUACGGGGAGCGGCCGUAUUGGGAGAUGUCCAACCAGGAUGUGAUUCUGUCCAUUGAGGAGGGCUACCGGCUUCCAGCGCCCAUGGGCUGCCCCGUGGUGCUGCACCAGCUGAUGCUGCACUGCUGGCAGACGGAGAGAAGUCAUCGGCCCAGAUUCACAGAUGUCGUCUCCUUCUUGGACAAACUCAUCCGCAACCCCGCAGCUAGCAGCUUACUGCCGCUGGUAGAAGACAUUCAGAGUCUACCAGAGUCUCCGGGGGAGGAAAUGGACUACCCAAUGUUCAUCUCCAUUGGCGACUGGCUGGACUCCAUCAAAAUGAGCCAAUACAAAAGCAACUUUAUGGCGGCGGGCUACGACACGCUGGAUUCAGUAGCGAGGAUGAGCAUCGAAGAUGUGAGGCGUAUUGGAGUGGAUCUCAUCGGCCACCAGCGGCGGAUCAUCAGCAGCAUCCAGAGCGUCCAGCUGCAGCUGCUGCACGAACAGGAGAAAGGCUUCCACGUAUGAAGUCGUCCCUGACCAUGGUCUGGGACCAGCAGAUAGACGGAAGCGAAGUGUAGACUGUGGCACGCGCUCUUCGCUCCGAAGCCCUCGUUCAGUCCGUUCUAAAGACCUUCAUCCUUCCGUAGUAACUGACUCUUUUUCUACGACACACCCCCUACCCAGCGAACCUGGUCCGACCAGACUGUUUUUAGACCCUCCAGUCUGGCCCGGACCCUUACUUAGGGGAAUGUAAUGCCUUGUUACAGCUGCCGACUUCAAAUAUCUAGAAGGGUAGAUCUAUGGACAUGAUCUACUGAAUCUUUGGAUUCUUUCUUUUUUUUCUUUCGUGCUCAUGUUGCUGCUCCUGUGUGUGCAAAAAAUAUGUUUUUUGUCCACAGAAAGAGAGAGGGGGGAUAAAAAGAAACACACCCUCGCUACUUUUAUUUUGAAAUUUGAAGGUACCGUAUUUCCUUGAAUUGCCGCCUGGGCGCUGCUAAUUCAUUUAAAACCUCUUCUCACUCCGGCGUUUAUCAAAGGCAUGCGGUAAAGGCAAGCAUGCGCUAAUUAUUUUAAAAUCUCUUCUCACUCCAGCGCUUACCAAAGGCAUGGGGUAUAUUUAGGCCUGCGCUUAUAUAUUUGAGUGUGAUGUAAGGAUACCAUAAUUAAAUCACAUUUAAUAAAAAAAAACUUUAUUAUGGUCUUACCUUUACUUAUAAAUGAAGUCCAUACGCAGCUUCUUCUGAUCAAAAGCAUCGAUAACUUGUUUAUAGAAGUCUUCCUUAUCUUUCUUCAGUUUUAAAAGUCUCUCUGUCUCGAUGGAGAUCUUCCUUUAUUACCUCCUACUUCGAUUGAAAGUCCAGUUUAGAAAACUGUUUUAGAUAUGCAAUCCUCCAUGUUAAAAGUGCAAGCGAGAGGAAAAAAUUAACGAUCGCUGCUCACUCUUGCUGCUUGUUGUCACAACGUCUGCAGCCAAAUAGUCGGAGGAAGGAUAACUAGCGCCCUCUACCACCAGGAGGCGGGAGUCAUUUAAUGACUCAUAUUUGACACACGCAGCUACGGUAUAUUAAUAAAACAUAGCUGCUUACUGUUCUUUUUAGCAUUUUCAAUAGCUUGGACUUUAAAUCCUAAUGAAUAGCUGUUAAUCUUCCCUUUAUGUGAUUUCAAAUGAUUGAAAUCAGCCUCCUCCAUUUUGAAAAUGAUGACAGGUGAAGUGUCACUCAUGACGUGACGAGUUUGACCCGGCGAAAAUUCUAUGCGUAUGCUAAUUAUUUUGCGAAAACGAGUUUGACCCGGCGGAAAUUCUAGACAUGCGCUAAUAAAAAUAAUAUUUUGCGAAACGAGUUUGACACGGCGUUAAUGCUAAGCAUGCGCUAAUUAUUUUGCAAAACGAGUUUGACCCGGCAGUAAUUCUAGGCAGGUGCAUACUAUAUACCCGGCGGAAACUCAAGGAAAUACGGUACAUUGAUACUUGAAGAGAGGGGUGAAAAGCAAGUCAAGAUGUAUUGAAUGUUCAAGUGUAUAGAAGAGCCAAUCAGUAAUUAUCAUAAUCUUAUAUCGAUAUAUGUGCAGAUCUAUAUGUCAAAGUGACUCUAAAUCUUAUUUCAAAUCAUAUUUAUUUAUGUCCGAUCAGCAAUAAUCAUGCAGUCACCUCAGUGUCUCACGACUUGUGCAAUGAGCUAACUAAGCCGCCUUCACGUGAAUCCGCGAGGAACUUUUUUGCGAAUGUGCAUUUCAAAGAGUUGCCCGACAGCAAAGGAUCACCACAGUCUUAACUUCCCAAUGUUCACAGAAGUCAUGGAAAAGAAACUGCGCUCUUUUAGAAUUUUUGCCUAUUAUUCACAAUCCGUCAAUAUGGUUUUCUUUUUUUUUUAUGUUAUAACUCGUAAUAUACAGCAAGUACGAGGUUGCUAACAACGUAGCUAAAAGGAACGAACUAUCCCGAACAUUAAAAAAACGCUCAUAACUCACGACGUUAAUAUUAACUAAGUAUUAGUGCUGAUUAUAAGAGCUAACUAGCUUAUGGUGCUGUAUUGACAUGUUGAGCUGCUGCAUCCGAGUUUGUGAAAGUUAAUUUCAGAUUAUAAAUCAUGCCUCUCACCUGGAUAGUAGAAGGUUGUGGACUUUGACAUCCAACUUAUACUCGGAAAUGGCAAAAAAAACACAAAAAGAUGCUUGUUUGCAGCACAUUUUUGUGCGGAUUAUGAUUAAUUGUUCACUUAAAUGAUGAGAACAGACAUUGUAGAGUAAGUGAUUGCUUCAUCAUGUCUAGAAUUUGUGUAUCUUGUUUAGCACUUUGCAAUACCGUAGGGUUUAGCUAAAUCUUUAUUUAUAUUACUCAGCUUCUAAAACUUGUAGAUCAUCCUCCUUAUAUUCAGGCUCAAAAAUAUACGUUUCUGGAUCAUCAUUUGUCCCAAAGUAGUCUUUGUUGUCUCUCAUGAAGUCUGCCAUUAUUACUGGUGUUUUUGUUGUUGAAAGGGAAAAGCGAAUGGAUUCUUAAAAUGAGCUAAAUAUGUAAAUAUGGUAUUAUGAAUGUUACUACAUUACAUAUAUACCUACAGCAGGGGUCACCAAACUUUGUGAAACCAAGAGCUACUUCUUGGGUACUGAUUAAUGCGAAGGGCUACCAGUUUGAUACAUAAAUAAAUUGCCAGAAAUAGCCAAUUUGCUCAAUUUACCUUAAACUCUAUGUUAUUAUUAAUAAUUAAUGGUAUUUAUGUUUGUGGAAACACUGAUCAUCUUAAUGAUUUCUCACAAUAAAUAUAUAUUUUUGCUGACAUGUUAAAAAAGUUAAAAUCCAAUCUGCACAUUGUUAGAAUCUAUAACAAAUUGGACCAAGCUAUAUUUCUAACAAAGACAAAUCAUUAUUUCUUCUAGAUUUUACCGAAAAAAAGUUUUGAAAUAACAUUUAAAUUUAAUUCUACAUAUUUUCUAGAUUUGCCAGAAUAAUUUUGGGGAAUUUUAAUCAUAAUAAGUUGGAAGAAAUAUUUCACAAAUAUUCUUCGUCGAAAAAACAGAAGCUAAAAUGAAGAAUUAAUAUUUAAAAAAAAUACUUUAACAUUGAUUUCAAUUGUCAGGAAAGAAGAGGAAAGAAUUUAAAAGGUAAAAAGAUAUAUGUGCUUAAAAAUCCUAAAAUCAUUUUUAAGGUUGUAUUUUUUCUCUAAAAUUGUCUUUCUGAAAGUUAUAAGAAGCAGUGUAAAAAGAUAAAUGAAUUUAUUUAAACAAGCGAAAACCAAGUCUAAAAUAUUUUCUUGGAUUUUCAAAUUCUAUAUGAGUUUUGUCUCUCUUAGAAUUAAAAAUGUCGAGCAAAGCGAGACCUGCUUGCUAGUAAAUAAAUACAAUUUAAAAAAUUGAGGCAGCUCACUGGUAAGUGCUGCUAUUUGAGCUAUUUUUAGAACAGGUCAGCGGCCGACUCAUCUGGUCCUUGCUAACAUUUAUUUACAUCUUAGAACGCAUAAAAAAAAGUGAGUUCUUGUCUUACAUAAGGAUUGUGAAUGACAGGCAAAACAUAUUUUUUUAAAAAGUGCAGUUUGCCUUUUUAACACACGCAAUAUCUGGAGAAUCCUAGGAAGUACAGUACUUUUAUUCAAAGUAGUUAUUUCGAAUUUGCGCACACAUCAAUUAAUGGCACAGACGUGAUCUCAGAACGUGUUCUUAUAGGCCAAUGUGUGCUUUAACUUGUGAUCAUGUAAAAGGUUGUUGACUUUGUGCCCGUAGAGAAAUCAAGUGUACAUAAAAGUAGUCUGAAAUGAAGACGUUUUGGAUCUGCAGUAGUUUGAUGUCAUGUUGUCAGAUUUUUAUAAAAAGAGAAGCCUGCUUGGCAGGAGUCAGUGACAAGCAGGUUUGACUACUUGGAGAGAGCAGCGCCCUAAAUAAUCCUAAUAUCACCAUGCAGACUGAUAUAUGCCUUACAGUCAGUAACAGUAACACUUUUAUUAAAUCAUCUUUCAGUGGAAUCAAAAGGACCUCGCCUGGAAAUGAAUUUAAGCUGCUCCAUUCAGUCAUCAGGUAUGAGAAGGUCGCACACACUUCAUACAUGCACCCCCCCCCCCCCCCCACCACCACCACCACGGUCUAUGGAGAAUUAUCAGAUGCUGUUUGUUAAGCAUGUUCUACUGCUGAGCAAUGUUAGAACGUUCUUUUGUACAAAGUACAAGUAUACUAAUUAUUAUAAUUCUUGUACUUUAUUUUUUUAUAAUUUCCAAAGAGAUGUGGUAGAAUUUUGCACACUGUAAGACGCAGUUACUGCGAAUAUUUAUUUGCAAAAUAAAGCUGAAAAGUUGUGCGGUUUGGCUCAAUUGUUAUU